GUAUUUCUGUGUCACUAGAUCUUAUUCUCUAGACCAGGAAGUGGGCUGGAUUGAGCAUCACGACAGAGGAUCUGAAGAGCACUGUAUAUCUGAACUUGGGUUUUUCACAGCUCUAUUAUGGAAAGCCAGAGGAGAUCAUUUGGAGAUGAUUCUUCCAUUUCGCCCGAGCUGGACCGCUUGAUCAGACAGCGAGGUCGAGACCUACGGCUGCGUAAGCUUGACCAGCAGAAUGCUGUGAAGAUAGUAAACCAUCUAAUCGACAGCUUGCUGGAAUUCCUGAAGAAUAAUGAUGAUCAGCCCUUCUUCAGGGAGGUCUCAGUUCUCACCAGUGGGAGCUAUUAUGAGAUGGUGAAGAUCAACAAACCCAAUGAGUUUGACAUUAUGCUGAAACUGAAAGUCCCUAGGCUUGUACUGUCAGAACUGGAAGAAUAUCAAGGACUGUUUUAUAAGAUAAAACUUAUCAAAGCCACACGAACUGAAAUCCAGCACUUUCUUCUGGAAGAUGAACGAACCGUCUCAGCAACCAAAAUCAAAGCAGAAAUGUACCGCUUGGUCCGCAAAUUCAUUAGCAACCAUUUUCAAGGUGAAGGUUGGGUGAUACGCAGAAAUCUAGUAAAUUCACCGGCCGUGACCCUUGAAUUUAAGGCGAAAGAGAAAGACGAUGAUGUGAUGUCUGUGGACAUCGUACCCACUCUUGAGGUGCCACAAGGUUGGCCACAAGCAGCACGGGCAGGUCUUAAUAUAGACAAAUGGCUUGGAAAAAAAUGUCGCCGCCAGUUUGUAAGUAAGGCUGUGUAUUUCGUCCCAAAGAGACCAAAAGGAAGAAACCUCAAAGAUGAUGCCAAAGAGGGCUGGCGAAUAUCCUUCUCUCACAUUGAAAAAGAGAUGAUGCAGCAUCAUGGCAAUAAGAAGACGUGUUGUGAGAGUCAUUCCAAUAAGUGUUGUCGGAAACUUUGUUUGCGGCUUCUGAAGUGUCUGAUUGAGGGACUGAAGCAGCAGUAUCCCAAAGAGCUUGAGCCUCUGUGUUCCUACCAUGGGAAAACAACCUUCUUCCAUGUCCUUUCAGACAGAGUGCAAGAUUCGUUUUGGUCUCCAGGCCAGCUGUCCGUCUCCUUUAUGAAGCUCUUUGGAUACUUUGAGCGAUGUGCACUGAAUGGUUCACUACCCCACUUCUUCGUCCGCGAACAUAAUCUUUUCUCCCCACCUGCAUUUCCCAAGCGAGCUCUUUUAUUUCUGACCAAUGUUCUGAGGGAGCAAAGAGAAUUGGGGCUCCCUGUUUUGAAGGCACCAAGUCCUACCCCUGUUCUUCUUCCUGACACUGAUGCUGUGAUUCACCCAAUCAGUGGCACAGCCAGUAUUGUUGCCUCUGAGCGUUCUUUUAAGCAUGUAUAUGUAUGCUUAUUGGUUGUUAUUGUGUGUGUAGGAAUCGGAUGUGUGUUUCAAAAGUGAAUGAUGAAUGAUUUAAUCCUCUCCAAAUAUGGAGAGAUAAUCAAUGUGCAAUAUAAAAUUAUUUUAAAAUACAUUUCUAAUGAAAAUUAUGCAAAAGGUCAACCAGUUAUGUCAUAUGCUUAAAUUAUCUUCUGUGUGUUUUAUCAGAAAUGUACAGCAAAAUGACCAUAUUCUGAUAAAUAAAAU